UAAUAAGUAUGUAUGGAUUUUUGUGAUACUCAUAUUCAUCAUCAUAGCUAUCAUCGUCAUCAUCAUCAUCAUUGCCAUCGUCAUCAUCAUCGUCGUGAUCAUUGUUAUCAUCAUCGUCGUCGCAAUCAUCGUCAUCAUCAUCAUCGUCGUGGUCAUCGUUAUCGUCAUCAUCAUCGUCGUGAUCAUUGUUAUCAUCAUCGUCGUCGCAAUCAUCGUCAUCAUCAUCAUCGUCGUGGUCAUCGUUAUCAAUGGUUCAGAGAAUACGAAAAGUUAAAAUUGCACAAGGUAGGACAAAUAAAGUAA